CGGUCCUCGAGCACGAUUCGUUGUUCUCUCGCCAUUCCCAAGAUAAAGCAUCCAACACAAAGAGAGAAAGAAAGUGUGUGUGAGUGGGAGAGAGAAAGAGAGAGAAAACCAUAACUGAUUCCGAUGAAGUUAAUCGGCGACGGUGGCGCCGGCGGUGGCCGGAAAGUACUCGUCGGAGUAAAGCUAGAUCCCCGGAGCCGUGAACUGCUCACUUGGGCUCUCGUCAAGGUAGCACAGCCCGGCGACCUCGUCAUUGCUCUUCACGUCCUCGACACCAUCACCGAAGGAACUUCGUCGCUGCUUUCUCUCGUGAAGACCUUCGAUUCCGUUCUCGCCGUCUACGAAGGCUUCUGCAAUUUAAAGCAGGUUGAUCUCAGGCUCAAAGUACUUAGAGGCGAAUCGGUUCGGAAGCUUCUAGUACAGGAGGCGAAGUCUUCCGGCGUGGCCACGGUGAUUCUCGGAACUUCGAAGUCUCAUCAUCCGAUUCGGUCGUCGGCAAAGGUUGCUAAGUACUGCGCAAAGAAAUUGCCUAAGUGUGUCUCUGUGUUUGCUGUUGAUAAUGGCAAAAUUGCAUUCCACAGAGAAGCUUCUAGAACUUGUAGUACUAGUGAACAAGAUAAAUUACAUGAUGAUCUAAAUUUCUCAACGAAAUCGUUGGUGCCUUAUACAAAGAGAAGAAGGGUGAAGAAUUGUGAAACUUGUGCAUUGCAAGAGGCUUCUGAAUCUGAAUUUGAGCAAGGGGUUCCUGAAAAUCCACUUGCUAUGGUACCAUAUCAGAAACUUGAUGGUGAUGAUGAUGCUUGUUCUUAUUCAAUUACAGUGGGUGAUUCUAAACAGUCAAAACCUGGUUGGUCAUUUCUUCGCCAGGUGUUUCAUCCCAGAAAGCAUAGUCCCAAGUCUUCCAUGAAAAAUUCAUUUGUUCUACAAAGGGCAUUACCUAGUUAUCAUUCUUCAGCUGUAGUCCAUCCAGAUGAUAAAGAAGUUACUAUUGAGCAGAAUGAUGGUUCCACCCUUGAUGGGGUGAGUGGUGCCAUUGUGCCAUUUGGAUCUACUUCUAUUUUGCCUGCUCCAUCCUUUUGCAGUGACUUGAAUAGCUUGCCUGAUGAAUUGAUGGGCUUGCAAGAGAAGUACUCAUCUUCAUGCAGAAUAUAUAGUUUGCAGGAACUUGUAUCUGCAACCGGCAACUUCUCAAACGAAAAUUUGGUUGGCAAAGGUGGUAGUAGUAAUGUUUACAGAGGAUGUCUUCCAGAUGGCAAGGAAUUGGCUGUGAAAAUUUUGAAGCCAUCUGAAAAUGUGCUUAAAGAGUUUGUUCAGGAAAUUGAGAUAGUUACAACUUUGAAUCACAAGAACAUAAUCUCACUGUCUGGUUUUUGUUUAGAAGACAACUAUUUACUACUGGUUUAUGAUUUUUUAUCAAGGGGAAGCCUAGAAGAAAACCUUCAUGGUAAUAAGAAGGACCAUAAUGCAUUCGGUUGGCAAGAGAGGUACCGGGUGGCUGUGGAUGUAGCUGAGGCAUUGGACUAUCUGCAUAAUAGCUGUGCACAGGCUGUGAUCCAUAGGGAUGUGAAAUCUUCAAAUGUCCUUCUUUCAGAUGAUUUUGAAGCUCAGCUCUCAGAUUUUGGAUUGGCUAGUUGGGAUUCUUCUACUUCUUCCCAUAUUAUUUGUACUGAUGUGGCCGGAACUUUUGGAUACCUAGCACCUGAAUACUUUAUGCACGGUAAAGUAACAGACAAGAUUGAUGUAUAUGCUUUUGGUGUUGUACUCCUUGAGCUUCUAUCAAAUAGGAAGCCCAUUAACAAUGAAUCUCCAAAGGGUCAGGAGAGCCUUGUUAUGUGGGCAACACCAAUUUUGAAAGAUGGGAAGCUUUCCCAGUUGCUUGAUCCAAGCAUAGGUAGUGAUUACGAUCAUUGCCAAAUCAAUAGAAUGGUUUUGGCUGCUACUCUCUGCGUCAGACGAGCUCCUAGAUUGCGACCUCAAAUCAGCCUUAUAUUGAAACUUCUACGUGGUGACGAAGAAGUGACAAGAUGGGCAGAACUAGAAGUUAGUGCACCACAGGAACAUGAUGGAUUUGAUGAGGAACCGGUUCUAACCAAUAUUCAGUCCCACCUCAACCUUGCAUUGCUGGACUUGGAGGAUGAUGCAGUUUCUAUCAGUAGCAGUGAGCAGAAUGUAUCAAUGGAGGACUAUUUGCAGGGAAGAUGGAGUCGCUCUUCUAGUUUCGACUAACCACUUCGUUGCGGUACAAUAGCAGAAUCAAAUGUAUGUUUCACACUUAUUAUUUUGUUUUCUUAGGUUAGAUCUUCGAAGUUCUGAUUGGGUCUUGGAAGAGAGGUCCUACAAAUUUGUCCCCCUCCUUGACUAUGUAGCUACGUCACAGUUCGUGUGCUACGGAAAGGGUUUAACUUACGAAAGUCUUCAUGUUGUUGAGCAUCUAGGCUUUCUGGAGCAAAUUCUAACUGGUUAAUUGUGUAGAUUACCAAAAAAAGAAACUACGAAAAGUAUAUAUUUAUUGUACCAUGAGAGAAUGACCUCUUGCUUCUUGUUCAAUGGUGUGUCACAUCCAAACUCCACAGCCUAGAGCGUUGUUUCUUUAUAGUCAAAACAUGUGUAGCUCUAUUUGUCCAUUUUUAACUGUAACUAGUUUCCUUCUUGUGGUGUAGAUAAAACUGAAAGCACAAGGGUUACUUUCAUUGGCAAUAUAGUCUUUGUUUGCGUGCACA